ACCGGAAGUUGUCCGUGACCCACACUAGCUUGAUAUUGGCCAAAACUUUCUGCCCUCCCCCGUUUCCUCUGAUCCCGAGCUUCCACCAUCCAUCUGUUGUUCAUGCUGGAGCCGCGAUGCGGAGUCCUGGGGUAUAUUACCGGAGUUAACGGACGGCUAGCCUAGGGCGCGAACCGAGCCAGAAGAGGUCCUAUGGACCGGCAGGAGAGGAUGGAGACCGUCGAGCAGCUGGUGUCCUUCCUCCACAUUCAGGUCCAGUUGAGCGGGGGCGCACCCUGGGGGUUCACGCUGAAAGGAGGGCUGGAGCACGGCGAGCCGCUUAUCAUCAUCAAAAUGGAGGAUGAAGGAAAGGCUGCUCAGUGCAAAAAGCUGAAAGUUGGUGAUGAACUCAUCAACAUAAACGGAUCUCCCCUGUAUGGCAGCCGGCAGGAGGCCCUCAUCCUUAUAAAGGGAUCGUACAGGAUACUGAAGCUCACAGUACGGAGGCGGAGCGUUCCCCUCAUCAGGCCUCACUCGUGGCACCUGGCAAAGUUACCGGAGCCCCCUCUCCCUCUGCCACCCCCGAGUCCAGCCACGCCGCCCUGCAUCCCAACUGCAGAUUCCCCUCCUCUCAUUCUUCCUUCUCCUUUAACUGCCAUGCAUCCUCACCCUGGCCCCUACACACUCCCUCGGCACACGACUGACAACAGUGAUUUGCCCAUACAGUGGGCUCUGUUGUCCAGACCAAACUCCUCCACAGACAGAGGCAGCUCUCUCGGCUCUGUAGAGAGCUUGGACACACCAACACUUCCUAUACAAUCAUAUUCUAAUUCCUUGACUCCACCUGUUGACUCCACCCUAUUCAGCAACAAACGGGACUCUGCCUAUAGCUCUUUCUCCGCCAGCUCAAACAUGUCUGACUACGCCACUGUACCACUAAAGCCUGGUGAAGCCAAUUCCAUGAAUAAUCUGCUUCAGAGCUUUGAGCCCACUUAUCAAGACUACCCUUGUGAUACCUUAGCCCUGGGCAGAACAUCUGGCAAUAGCCUAAGUGAGGCUAAUCUGUCUGUUCAAAAGUCCAGAUCUUUGACCAGGCCAAGACCAAGGCCCAAUGAAGAAAAAGAUAGGCCUUUUUCCUGCCUUUGUGAGAAGCAGUUGAGGGAGCUGGAUUUAGAUAUUUUCCAUAUUGAAGAAACUGUAGGUAAUAAAAAGAUAACCCCCCCUCAGCCCCCGACCAGAAAGGACAGUUUUAGAGCAACUCGGAGUCGUCCUACCGUCAGCGAAGAGCACACUUUAGCUCUUAGUGACAAUGUCUGUCCAUCACAUGAGGAGGGAAGUAACUCUUCUCUGAACACUAAAUGGAGGAUUGAAAGCGUUCCAGUUACAGAAGACAAAAAACACAAACAUUCUGAAGAUGAGACUGUGGACUCUGAUUUUAUCCAGACACAUACACAACACUGUAAAGAACUAAGAUGUGACUCUUGUAACGAUUCUGAGACGGAUAGCAAUGUAGAUCUCCUCUUGGAAGCCUCGUCUCCCUCCAAAGAACCAAUUAUCAUUCCUGGCUCCACUUCCUUGUCAUCUGAACUGGAUGACCAUGAGCAGUCUUUUGUCAUCCGUCACCAGACAAAGAAGUCUUCUACAUUGCUCCACAGACACAGUGCCCCUGGGAAGCUUCUGGCAGCACAACUUCAGUUAUUGGAGCUUAACACAAACAGCUGUUCUUUAGCGCCCCAAAACCCAUCAGAGAUUUUUGAAUACUCAUCAUCUCUCUGUGGCAGCCAGCAGUUCAAUUUGUCAGUACCCCACCCAAAAACAGAGGACAAGGGAACUUUCCACAGCAGUUUUCUAAAAUCAAACCAAGUGGGAAGUAGCCAACGUUCAAGUCCAGAAUCUUUGUUCUCAGAAGAAGAUUCCAAGAAUUUAAGUGAGAGGCAGGGGGUUGUGAAUGUCAAUGUAAGUUCCCUUCCCCAUGGCCACCAUCAGAUGCCUUUAAAUCGUUCUGCUAGUGUACCAGAUGAUCCCAUUAGAUCAAUAUCUCAGGAGGGUCUAAGCCCUGUCCUUCUGGUGAACAGUAAAUUUCUUCCUAUUGGUGGUGCUGCCAGUGUGGAUAAUUUAGUAAAGGAGGCAGUGGACGCAGACAUGAGAAGAACUAGUGAAAAAAAAGAGGAUGAUAGAGCAGAAUGUGUGAACAAGUCGGACUCACUAAGGACCAAUCGUCAAAAUCGUCGGCGGAGUGAACGAUUUGCUACCAACCUCCGCAAUGAGAUUCAGAGGAAGAAGGCUCAACUUCAGCAUAGUCAUGGAUCAGACAGGUUACCGUGCAGUGGAGAAACUGUCCACGAGGAAGGUUUAGAACUUAACGAGGAAGAAGACCCAAAGGGUUCUGUCAAAAGAAAAAGUAGCAAAGGAACAUUAGUCUCACCUCAAAUUUCUCAAGUUUCUCAAACAUCAGCUACACCCAAGAAUUUAAACAUGUCAAGUGGAUCACGGUGUGAUGUUUUACAAACUCAGCCAACAACCUUUUCUCUGAACAAUAACCCACCCAGGCAGGUCCAGAAUGCAGACCCAAAUACACGAAGAUUUGGUGUUGGCAUCAGAGUUGUAGAAGAAAUAGCUCCUGUUGGGAAGGCUCGUCGUUGGCGUUGGACCCCCGAGCAUAAACUACAGCCACAAACAGAUGGAGAUCGACCAUGUGAAGUCCCGGGUGGGAGGGUUCUAGGGGUAACGGGGUCCAUUCAUGGAGUUUGUGCGUUCACGUCUUCAUUUACCCCUUACUGCAGUGGCUCCCCUUCAUAUUUUCAAAUGGAGGAAUGUGACAUCCUUCCAUUUGCUGACAGAAUGAAAUUUUUUGAGGAGACAAGCAAAGGCACAGCUAUGCCCAGUGUCUCAAAUAUGUCAAUCCACAGACAGAAAAAGCACAUGUACCGUUCAGAGAACCAUGCAGGGGAGCUCAGUACAAAACAGAGGAAGUUCUCUUAUCAGGGAGGACCUUUACAAGAAAGUAUCCAGUCUCAAAACAGUGUAGAGUUCAGAAGACGGUCAGUAAGUACCAUUACAGAGAGACAAAACGAGAUGGACAGAGAACAAGAAAAAUCAAGAGAAAGGGAAUUAAAAUUAAGGGAGAUGGAGAAAUUUGAGAGGGAUUUACUAAAAGACAGUGGGAGGCUGAAGGAGACUGAGCAGGAAAGGGAGCAAGAGGGGCAUGAUAGGCAAAGGUUGAGGAUAAAACAGACGGAGCUUGGAAGCGGGAAAGAUGAUAAAGGCCGCGUUCAAUCGUAUAUCAAGCAAAGAGGGAAGGAGCUUGAAGGAGGCAAAUCCACGGAGAAAGAUGAAGAUUAUCCGCUCGUCUUGUGUCACGAGUGUUGCACUAAUUUUGCCAUGACAGAAAGAAACCAAGGCUUCCAACAAAUGCACAACCAUCCCAACUGCCAUGCCAAUCAACAGACUUCCCACUGCUGUCAAACCCAGAAUCAUGUCUUUCGAUCAGCCUUUCAUCUAGUCAGCCCUCCGGAACAGCCGAUGGAAUCUCAGCAAUCAUUUAGUCAGAAGUAUAGAACAAGGAGCUACACACCCACGGAGAUGUAUCACUCCAAGCAACUGGGGGCAAGCAAGCUCAGCAGGAACUACAGCCUGAGUGAGAGAAAUUACCCAAGUUGGAGUGAGAAGUCCAAACCACUACAGCGAAGCGAUCAGCAUCAGACACAGCAGAGUCGCUGCAACGUCCUCCAGGCUCAGAGCGGCCCAGACAAUUUCCACUUUUCUCCCACUUUCACGCCUCCGUCCUUUCUUCGAGGGCGAGCCAUGUCUGAAAACGACCUGAGCUUUGACCCCAGCAAGCACUGGUCUUCACAGAUUUCUGCUGCCACCAUCCAGGUCCUGACGGAGGUAGAGGAAGGGGCAGUUCUUUUUGGAAGAGAUGCAGAAGGUACUACCAAGCAGAUCAGGAAGAAGACACCCCCUCCCCCAAGACCCCCGCCUCCAAAGUGGGAGCAGUAUUACCAGAGGCGUGCGUCUCACCAUGCGCUGCUGUCCUGUGCUGCCGCUCGCCUUUCAAACCCCCACCCCUUUGACAACGCAGAGCCUCCCUCCUUCGCCCCCAACCCUCCACCUGAUACAUCCCGACAGAGAUCCUACAGUCUCCCUCUAGAGAGACAGGAAGUGUCAGAGGGUUAUCUGCCAUGCAGGUGCAACCACAUCAAACCCCAGGAACAUGGAUGCUGUCAUGCCCAGCCCAACCAGAAUGAAGCCAUCUCUCAAGGCAGCUGUUAUCCACUCCCUCAGCCCACUCCUGUGUUCUCCGAGCAACUCUUCAGACCUGUGGCUGUGCCCCACAUGGAUAGGAUGAAUGAUGUACGGGAGCAGACGCCGGCACCUACACCGACACCUCCUCUGCCUACAGAAUCUGGUGCCAGCAGUUCAUCAUCCUUGAGUGUGGUCCACAGUCAAGACAGAGUAAAAGUGGAAAAGCCCAGCGAGAGACCUGGAUCUUAUCAGGAGAGAAUCCCCUCCCCUGAUGGUUACAGCAACCCACCUCCUCCUACAGACGGGUUUCCUCCUGAAUCUAACCUUAACCAAAUCAGCACUGAGCAGCAAAAGGAGCUCUUGAUUAAAAAAAGCUUCCCGGUUGAAGAGCAGCAUACUCUUUCCAAGUCAGAACCAGAGCCAGAACUUCUCAGCCCAAGCCCUGCUUACAGCUUGGAGAGUGACCUGAAUGUUCCCAUGGAAACCGACAUCGAUGACUUUCAAGAGGAGGAGGAGCCCCCAAAGAUGGAUGAGAUGAUCAGCAGUGAGCUUCCAUGCUUUGCUCUACCAGUCACUGUCCUGGAGACAGACAUCGACACCCUCCUGCUUCAUCCUGCAUGCACCAUGCAGUCAGAAAGCUGCACUGCAGAGAAGAAGAUGGAAUGUGGUGAGAGCAGCAUGGACAGGCUGAGCCUGCAGGACCUCCUCCUGCAGAACAGGGAGGCAGAUUCCGGUGGGGAGACCUGCAAAGGGCCCUUCCAGGCUGAGGGGGGUGACACCAGCAGCCUGGAAAGGAGGUCCGGUGCAAGCUCCAGUUCAUCCUUCUACAGCACAUCAGGAUCUACAGAUCAGCUGUUUUCACAGAUGAAGGACUUUACAGACAAUAAAGACUGGGAGGAUGAUAAUGAGUUAAGCUACAAGAGACAGCUGCUGCAGAGCCUUCGCAAGAAGCUUGGAGUGUUGAGAGAGGCUCAGAGGGGCCUGCAGGAGGACAUCAAAGCCAACUCGCAGCUGGGAGAUGAGGUGGAGAGCAUGGUGGUGUCUGUGUGCAAACCCAACGAGGUGGAGAAGUUCCACAUGUUCAUCGGGGAUCUGGACAAGGUGCUCAGUCUGCUGCUGUCCCUGUCCAGCCGGCUGCUGAAGGUGGAGGCUCUGAUGGAUGCUCUGAACCCAGACACGGACCACCAUGAGAGGCUUCGCCUGCUGGAAAAGAAACGUCAGCUCACGAGGCAGCUGUCAGAGGCUCAGGACCUGAAGGAGCACAUAGACCGAAGAGAGCAGGCCGUGAGCCGGGUUCUGGGGCGAUGCCUCACGCCAGAACAGCAUAAAGACUACAGCCACUUUGUGAAGAUGAAAGCCGCUCUGCUGGUGGAGCAAAGGCAACUGGAGGACAAGAUCCGACUGGGAGAGGAGCAACUGAGGGGACUAAGGGAGAGCCUUGGGCUGGGUUUGGGAAUCGCCAAGGGAAUACAGAUGGGAUACGGACAUUACUGACCAAUUAUUUAAAAAAAAACUAACAAGAUGAAGAAAAACGGUGCUUGUUGGCAGAUUCUGUUCAAGUGAAACUUAAAGCCAUAAAUACUUACAGGAAAUAUUAAGCUAUUUUGCAAGUGGAAUAGUUCCGCAAUGAAAAUUGGAUUUAGGAAAAAAAAAACUUUUCCAUCUGAGGAAACCAGACAUCUCCAUCUGUUAACAGCUUCCAUUUCAUGGGUGAACGGGAAGAAGAUGUGAAACUUCUGAUUCUGACUCCUAGGGUUGUUUAGGAUUAGCAAACCUUAAAGCAGUCAGCUACAGUUCUCUUGAACUAAGGAGAAAAAAUGAAUUCCUAUUGAGGAUUGAGGAUUUUCUUUUGCGCAAAACCACAAAAAAGGUUUUGUUUCAGAUUUAAAAGAUGCAAAUAAAACCAAAACAAAUGCCUGGCACAUGACUGUACUGCUGUACUCACAUUAGAGGUAGAGAACGCCGUUGGUCAGCAGAGAUUUUACGUGAUGCUCAUCACUCAGGAUGUUUUUUUGUGUUUCCUUCUUUGUUCUUUGUAUUCCACUGUUCCAUUAGUUGAUUCUUAUUCCUCUGUUCAGCUCUACAUUCCAAAUAGUGUUUUCUGUAUAAAGUCUGAAAAAUGUGGUUUUGAUGUUUGAAAUAUCUGCACUUUGUUGUAAGUGAUAACUAGGAAAAAAUUUUACGAUGCAAGUGUGCUUUUUCGGAAUAGCACUGAGUUGAUGCUGAAGUGUGCAGUUCAAGGUCUGUCACAUUUCACCUGUUUUCCACUGACUGUCUACUAUUUAUGCUGAAAAAUGUGUUAUUUAUUCAAGCACAUCAAUCCCGCUACGUAAAAAUAACUACAAGAGCCAAGUCUACAAUUAAAAAGGAACAUUUACUAAAUGAACAAGAAAGUUUUGUUUUUUAGUCAAAAUCAAAUGUUUGAGUGUCAUUGAAGGGGUUUGAUGCAUUUGAUUCGUCUAAAUGUACCUACAAAAUUGGAUAUUAAAAUGGGUAACCAUUUAAUAAAUAGGAGGGGGUUUUCAUGUGUACCAUCGAUGUCAUUGUUCAUUGCCAGUACCCAAACUAAAUCAAAAGUUAAAUUCUUCAUAGCAAUUUUAAGUUUGUGUGAAAGAAAUCCACUAAAAAGUGCUCUAACGUGACUUGAUGCAUUCCUUUAACUUCUAUUGUAAUGUUGUUGUUUUUUUUUUUUGCAAACAAAGCCUUUGAGUUUGACCAUCAGGAUAUUUCAGUUUAGCUGGUUAAUUGUGGAGGUGAAAGAGUUCUGGUUAGAACUUCCAAACAAAGAAGUUUUACAUCCUCAUUCACUCAUUUUUCUAACUUGCUGUUUACUUGCCAGCCAGCCGUCAAAAAAAGGCAAAAAAAGGCAUGUUGUUUUAUACUGUGUACAUAUUUAAUGUACUCAUACACUAUAUUGAUAAAACUGACUGUAAAUGUAUUGAAUUGAGAGAUUUUGUUUCAAAAGAAAGGAUGUGUGUAUUGUUUCAAUUGUAUUGUAUUGUUUUGGUAACAUUUGGAUUUAUUUCAAAAUAAAUGUAACUACAAAAGCA